AUGUCAGUCUUGUUCCUUUUACUCCCCUACUUAAUUUUUUCCACGAGCAGUGUCUACCCGUUCCGAUUUUUCAAGAAAAAGGGCAAAAGUCUCUCUCCGGACUCCAAUGUCAAGUCCGAGGAGAGGGACCGGAGCGAGAGUUUCAAGGGCCAGUUCCCCAGCCUGAAGGAAUCUGGCCCCGACCUGAUCACCGACAUAAUGUCCAAGUACCUCAAGAGCUACACGCCCUGCACCCGGGAACUGUGCAAGCGUAACACUGACAGGUGCCACGAGCUCGUCCAGCUCUAUUCCGACCGAUGUGUGGCUGGCGACUGCUACACUCUGGACUUCAUCAAACUCAUUGAGUUCCCCAACGGCUUCAACCUCCUCGUUCCCAACCUCACUCAGUUCACGUUCGCCCGGAAGGUCUUCAACGACUCCAAGGCCAGGCUGAAGGCUCCCGCGUACGACAUUUGCAAGAACUUGUACUGGGAGGUCAAGGGCAACCCGAGGUCCCUGGAAUCCUUCAACAAGAAGCUAAUCAGGCACAACCUCGAAAGACUCGAGUCAGACUCCAACCUGGGCAACGGCAAGGGCUCAGAACCGCUUGGGAGUAGUGGCUCGGCCGCAAGCCCUGCCGACCACUCUAGUUCUGACCCUGACGAGGGCCCGAGUUCCCGACACCAGGGUGGGCGUGGUGGCCAAACGGACGAGACCACCGGCCCCCGUGAAAACAGCUCCGAGUCCGACAAGGACGAAAGCGCUGACCAGAUUUCCAACCCUCAAAACGAUCGCAUUGUUUUAAUUGAAUCGCUUUUCAACUCCACUCUCAACUACUUAACCUUCAUUUUCAAGCACCCCUUCCUCGCCGAGCACUCCAAGUAUAAGUUCAUCCGCCUAUUUUUCAGGUGGAUUCAGAGGCGCAAACUAAUCAAAAUGGUGCGUAACGUCGCUAAGGUGAAGGUCCUCUCCCUUGGCAUGCGCGACUUGAAUAACAUAAUCGACAGCUACACGCUCUACCUGAGCACCGAUCCGACCAACGAGCACUACCGACUCAACAUUUCCUACUCCAAAAUCGUCAAGCACGCCAUAAUCAAACUGACUGGCGAUAAGAGGGUCGGCUUCCUGAUGUCCGAGUACUUGAUGAGGGUGCCCGUAAAGCCCACUUCGUUCUGCGGCGACAGCUCCCCGGUCACUUGCUACCAGAGCGUCAUGGACUACCUCGAGCGGUGCGAGGACGGCGAGUGCGUGCGCCUCGAUCCCACCAUGCUGCUCGACGGUAAGGACCCUCUCAACGUUGGCCUUCCGAACCUCGGCCAGCUCGACUUGGCUCUUCAGCUUUUCACCAACUCUCGCGCGCACAAGAACCUCAUCCUCGACUUCCUUCUUCAUAGGACCGGGCGUCUAAGCAACAAGCAGUUCGGCGACCUUGUGAUCGAAAGGAACACCGAGAAGGCCAAGUACUCCUCCGAGGACCACGAGGUCCUUUCUAAAUACAUGUACUUUGGCACCAUCAACUACAAGGUCUGGCACUUGCAGGGCAGGCUUUCCAAAAUGUUCAGCGGCAGCGUCGAGAAGCCCCUAAAGGGCUACUUGCAGAAUCUCGUCGGCUCCGAUCCCAUAAAGACAUCCAAGGGCGUGCUCGAGGCUCUUUUUGUUGCCUACAGAAACUACUUUUUCCAGUCCCGGCUUUCUGACAGCAAGGACAGCGUCAUCAAGUACGUCCAAACUUGUUUCGACACGCUCCUUCCUUACAAAGACCUUGCUAACGUCAUUAAACUAAACAAGAAGAACAACAAGAAGAAUGAGGAGGAGGCUGAAAAGCCUCAGAAUCUAUAUGAGCCCACUCUCUCUUUCAACUGGGAGAAGGAGAACCUGAAGAACUACGAGGAGGGCGAGUGGACCAGGGUUGAUCCCGUUGGACAUUCACCGAAUCUGAGAACAAAGGAGGUGGAGCCACAAUUCGAAUUCUCGCAAGCUUAA